AUGGCUUCCACCGGCGACACCAAGGUUGCCUCACUGGCAGCAGGCUUUACGCUUGGCUUCGGCUUGUUGACGGUCUGGGAGGCCAUCAAACAAACACGACGGAACCGCAAUCCUCUGAGGAGCGUCUACAUCUACAUGCUCUGGGGAGAAAUCGCCGCCAAUCUUGCCAUUGCCAUUAUCGGCUGGAUCUUUCUAGAGGGUAUAAUUUCUCCAACCAUACCGGUUCUCUUCUUCAUCUUGUUUUUCUGGGUUUUUGAGGUCCAGCUGCUCAUGCAGAUCAUCGUCAAUCGAAUCUCCAUCAUCGCCGAACAUCGAUCUACAAUCUUUAAACUCAAAUGGGGCACGGCACUCGUCAUCACUUGCAUCAACAUCGCCGUCUUUUGCAUAUGGAUACCCUCACACAUGGUUCCUCCAGCAAGUCAACUCAUUGUUCGCAUCAAUGCGUAUUGGGACCGAGUCUCCAAGGUUCUCAUCCUGUUGGUUGACGCCGGACUCAACUGGUACUUUCUUCGAACUGUCAAGAAGCGCCUUCUUCGGCAGCACCAAUUGAAGAAGUAUGAACCUCUUGUUGGCUUCAACGCGAAGCUCAUGAUUGUCUCCAUCGCCAUGGAUGGCAUGCUCAUUGGACUCAUGUCACUGCCCAACCAAGUCGUAUACAUCCAAUUCCACCCCGUCGCAUACAUGGUCAAGCUCAACAUUGAAAUGUCCAUGGCCUCGCUCAUUACUCGACUCGCCCGAGGUGAAAACGCCGAUGAAUACUACCCCUCGAUGUCACGCUCCAACCACGGCGCGAGCGGACAUGAUAACAGCCACAGCCGAACGGGAAACAGCCCAUGGGCUAACGGAAAUGUCGUCCACAUGAUAAAUAGAUCCAAGGUGGCCGCUGGAGAUUCUGACGAAGAGGCUGUGGGCCCUAUCGGCCGAGCCGGUCCUGGAGCCGGCAUCCAUCGACGAAAGGAUAUUGAAGUCAAGGUGGAGACUGAUACGAAGAUAUACAAAGUUAAACGAGAUGGCGCAAGAGGAAGGGCAUCGGGGAGGGUUGAGGAUGAGCUUCCAUUGACCUCGGACACUGGGCACCCUAAGCAGGCCAUUCACGUUCAGGAGACCAGUCGUGAUCCCUCCAUGACAAGUACCGAGUCGGGAGCUUGA